AUGGCCACCGAAUCACCCAAUCUCGUCGACACUGAGCUCUUCGAGAGCACAGUUCCAACCCACGCGACCGUCGCAGACACCGUCUCGGACUCACCAUCCGACGAGAAAACGCUACCCCCCGCCACUUCGCCACCAUCCUCCACCGCGCCCAGCACUACCACAUCCCCAGACUUUCUCGCCGCCGCCUUGGAGAUCGUGGCCCGCCGCGACAAGCCAUUCAUGUUCGACGACACGCCGCCCCGCUUCGCGCGCGUCUUGCCCCAACGCCUCGCAGAAUUUCUCUCGGAGGCGUUUGGCAUUCUGCUCCCCAUCGCAGCCGUGUUGAGCAUGGUCUAUGUGCACAUCGGCUGCAUCCAAAGCGGACUCACUCUGCUUCGCCUCUUCCGCCCGCACGACCCAGCACUGGCAAUCCGCGUCCCUCCUGGUGCGGCGACGCCGCUGGAGCUCGCCGUUGCGGUGCUGUCGCUGCCUUUCCUCUGCGCAGCCUCAAGCCAGGCAAAGGCGACGCACAGCCAGCGGGAGCGUGUACGGGACGUCGACACCGUCGUCUUCGGCAAGCCCCGCUGGACCUGGGCUGGGGUGGGGCGCGCCCUCGAGGACGCGGCGUACGACGCAGUGUUCAUGCUCUUCCAGGCGCUGUUCACCGCGGUCGCUGGGUGGAUGGUGCUGCGCGCCCUGCCUUUCGAGAGUGCAAGCGCGCUGGACCUUGGGCAUACCGUUGGCGCGGUGGUGGCUUUCGAUAUGGCCAGCUUCCCUAUCCGACAUCUGGGAAUGUACUGGCUGUUCAACUAG